AUGUCGCUGGUGGACGGCGUGCACUGCACCUGGCCGGCGUGCCGCCAGCUGACCUUUUUGCCGCUAGCGUGCCCGGGGUGCCAGGCGCCGUUCUGCGAGGCGCACGCUCAGCCGUCUGCGCAUGCGUGCACCGCUUCCCACGAAAAGCGCGAGCGCGCCGACGCCUCGCACGAGACGCGCGUCGUGUGCCAAAAAGCGCAGUGCCAGAAGCCGACGCUGGCCGUCGCCGGCGCGCAUGCCGUGACGCACAAUGCGCCGCGGUGCGAGCGCUGCCACGGCCUGUUUUGCCCCAGCCACCGCUCGGCGGUGGCGCACGGCUGCACGGCGCCUGCGCCGCUCACCGAAGGCGCGAAGCGCGCCGCAGCCGCCGAGGCGCGCCGUGCGCGCGCCCAAGCGGUACUCGCCAAGCACUUUCCUAAGCGUCCUUGA